AUGUCACGCCCUUUAUUCUCAUCGACAGCCGUCCGGCGGUUAUCCCAAGCACAGACGUGUCGGCUCUUCUCGACUUCCCGACCGGCUUUGCGCCUCUCCGCAUUCCCCGGCGGCGAAGUCGUUCCUCGCCGGCCAAGAACUGUCGCAAGUAGCGCGUCUCCUCUCAAACGCUCAGCCGCUCAACCCUCGAACUCCCGCUAUAUCCGUCAGCCACAUGCGUGUUUUUCCUCGUCGUCCAUCCGUCCGGCGACCAAGGUGACGCAGAACCCGAGAACCGGAGAUGAUGGACAAUCGCUCAUGAUUGGCAUUUCGCCACGGGCCAUGGAGGGCUUCCCGUCCGCUCAGCCGUACUUAAGCCACACGCCGGUACCUUGUUGCCGGCACCACUCUUUGGUCUGGACUCAGCUAUGUCUUCUCCAACAACGCCGUGAAGAUCCUCUCAAAGGAAGAGAUCCAGAAGCGGAUCGCUCAAGCUGCUGCUAA